UGCUGCAGAGCAGAUCAUCAGUCAGGUGUGGCUCUUUUCCGUUGAGAAGGGAAGCCAGCACAAGGGACUUGUUCAUGAGCCAAGGCCAGGAAAGGAUUUGUCAGAGGGUUCUUUGAGUGCAGUGAUUGGUUUUAAGUAUAGACAGAAGCUUUUUGGGCAAAACAGGAGAAUUGACUGUGGACUACAGUUUGUCAAACGUCAGGACCACACAGGUGCCAAUGAGGUCAGAGAGGCAAGCUGGCUCCUUGAUCUUGAAUCACAAACAUUGAGAAUCAAGUCAACAGUCUUUUUGCACAAGGAAGUUAAACUGAACAUUUCCUCCUCCUACCUGUUUUUUCCUGUUGUUGACUUCAAGUUAAACAUUCAACUCCAAACCUCUGCAUUGACUGCCAUGUGCUUCUGCCUGUCCUGAAGAAGCUCUCAGUCAUGCAAGACUUUCCACAUCACAUCGUACCAAUGGACCCUCAGGUGUGUCCCCCACCUGCUGCCAGCAGCCAGUCGCUUCACAGCUGCACGAACAAGUCCGUGGCCAGCACUUAUAAGCCUGGCCACUCGCGGAACAGCAGCACUUGUUCAUCCAAACAGUCAAAAGUGUCUCGAGACUGGGAAGUGAUGGACAACUUGCAGCAUCCAGAAGUGAUGUCAAAGCCUGGCUCCUCUCAGGACCUCAGCAUCCCCGGGAUCUGUGAGGGUUACCUCAUGAAGAGGAGGAAGUAUCCCCUCAAAGGCUGGCAUAAGAGAUACUUCAUGCUGGAGAGAGGAAUUCUCAAGUACUCCAAGACGCUGCAAGAUGUUCAAAAAGGAAAGCUCCACGGCUCUCUUGAUAUUAGCUUGGCUGUCAUGUCUGUCAACAAGAAGACCAAACGCAUAGACUUGGAUGCUGGAGACAACCUUUACCACCUGAAGGCAAAGACCACAGAGAUGUACUACAUCUGGGUGACCAAGUUGUGUGCCCACCGUGUUUUUAAGAAAAAUGAAGCAAUGAGUGUCCACCGCGGCGUCCUCCAUGCUCUGUCCGCGGGCCAGAACUCCCUGCCCACCUUUGCCACUCUCGCCCAGCAGAACAGAACUAAUCCCCCCCACUAUGCCAGCUUAGCCUCCAUGUACCAAGCGGAGCUGCCGAGCACCGCUCCUGUCGCUUCGGACCCAGCGGUAACCAACAAAGUCUCGGCCUGGCUCCAGCAGACCGACGAUGUUGACGCCACUUCCAACGAACUAGCCCGGUGCCAGUCUGAGCUGGUCGAGCUGGCUCAGCUCAUCCAGAGGCUGCAGUGGCUGGAAGGAGGCUUGCCCAUCACAGACACAGACCUGGAGAUGCGCAUCAGCAUGCAGAAUCUCUCUCUUGAGAAGCCCAAGAAGAAGAGAACUCUGGGACACUCCAGAACCUUGUCCCGUGUGGAAGCCUUGGGAGGGGUGUUCACAUCGAGUCACCUGAGCACCAGCUGCAGUGGUCUUGCAACAUCUGUGCAGUCCAUCCCGGACUAUGUGUACUCCCAGCUGUCCAAUCCACAAGUCACAUCCCCAGAGGCUAAAAAGCUCCAUCAGGAUAUCUGCACUUUCUCCCAGAGAGUCCAUGCCUCUUUAAAGACCAUUCAUGAUGUUUUGACCAUGGAGAGGGAGAGGCUGAGGCAGGCUUGGACCGGGCCGGACCUCAGACAGAACACGUCACACCAGCUUGCAACACUUUGCAGCACAAUGUCUGAGCUUGACGUACAGUCCCGUCUGACCAAAGUCCACUCAUUCUCCCUGUCCUCUGACUCUUCUGAAGAAUCCUUCUGCACUGUCCGUAUGGACCAGGCUCCAUCUGUGGCCCGUUCGCCCUCGGUGGCAGAAUCCCUGGCAGAAUACUUUGAUGCCAGUGAGGUGAUUGUGUGUGAGACCUCAUCCGAGGCUGAAGCUUCAGACGAGUCGGGUCUUAGCGACGUCACCACCACCAGCACCUCGGAGCCUGAGGAGGGCCACUCUGCUGCUACCCUCAGCUACAGAGCCAGUGUGAAGAGUGCAACACACAAGCCCAUCCUGGUGCAGGCCAACAGCGGGCGCAGGACCACCAUCCCUGCACCCUCAGCAGACAACAGCCACAUUGGGAUCAUGACCAUCCUUUACAACAACAUCGGGAAGGACCUGUCCAGAGUCUCCAUGCCAGUGGUCCUGAACGAGCCCGUGUCUUUGCUGCAGAGACUCAGUGAAGAACUGGAGUACUCAGAGCUGCUGGACAUCGCCAACCACAUCGACGACCCUUAUGAGAGAAUGGUUUAUGUUGCAGCAUUCUCCAUCUCUGGCUAUGCCUGGGCGUCCUGGAGAUAUCGCUACAAGCCAUUCAACCCCGUCCUUGGAGAGACCUAUGAGAGCGUGAGAGAAGACAGAGGAUUCCACUACAUCAGCGAGCAGGUCUCCCAUCAUCCCCCCAUCUCAGCAUGCCAUGCAGAGUCUGAGAAUUUCACUUUCUGGCAAGAUCAAAGAUGGAAGAACAAGUUUUGGGGAAAGUCGGUGGAGAUCAUUUCCUCUGGGCCAGUCAAUGUUGUGCUCCCCAGAUCUGGGGAUCACUAUGAAUGGAACAAGGCUGUCACCUGCAUUCACAAUGUGCUGAGUCAGCAACGCUGGUUGGAGCAUUAUGGUGAGGUGAUCAUCAAAAACACAAAGAGCGACGUAUGCACCUGCAAGAUCACAUUUGUCAAGUCUCGUUACUGGAGCUCUGACAACAGUAAGAACGAGGUGCAGGGUGUGGUUCUGGACAAAGCUGGGGAGGUGGUCCAUCGCUUUGGAGGUCUCUGGCAUGAAGGCAUUUUUUGUGACACUUUGCCUACACCAAAGUGCCUCUGGAAGCCAAACGUGCAGCCUGACGACCACUUCCAGUUCUACGGCUUCUCCCAGUAUGCCCGGGAACUCAAUGAGCUCACUUCAGAGCUGAAGGAGGUUCUACCCCCGACUGACACUCGGUUCCGACCAGACCAGAGGCUCCUGGAGGAGGGAAAAGUGGUUGAAGCUGACAAAAGGAAGGACGAGGUGGAGGAGAAGCAACGGACCCGAAGGAAGGAGAUGGCCAAGAGAGGGGAGGAGCAUAUCCCUCGCUUCUUUAAGAAAGCAAAGGAUGAUACUGGCAGAGAGAUGUGGCUGUUUAAUGGCACCUACUGGAAGCUCCGCAAAGACCCAGGCUUCUCCAAGACUGAAAACCUGGACCUGUGGUAGAACGGCACGGUUCCAUUUAUCAUCUGGUUGCAUCUAAUCUUGUAAAGAGACGUAAGAGAGCACGGCUGUAAAUGAGUAACUGACAGCACAGAUGUUUUCAGAAGCAUGAAUGAUCCUUGUACCAGGCAUAGAGGUGAGAUGCUACAGUUACAAAGGUUCACAAACAUCUUCCUCCCUUUUUGGCUUUUGGAAAAUUAUAUUUUACUACUUUAAAACACAAAUCUAACCUUUCCUCUGUCAAGACCCUCAUUUGCCAUCUGAGAAGAUUGCAUGUAAAUCCACAACAGCAGCCCCUGUCUGUAUGUAUCUGUUUUUGUGGGAUGAAUGACAGAAUUGAUGUUUAGCUGAUCCUUUUUUUAACAUGUACGUAUUUAUCGUGAAUGCUUGUCUGCAGCUGUGAUGGAUUUCAGAACCGUCUUUUCUAGAAAAGACUCGGGUUGGGCAGCGGUGGAAUACUAAAUGAACUGGUUCUGCAUGUUUCCCUCUGCAGGUAUCACUGUAGGAACUCUGUAAAGUCGGCGUGCUUUAUAUUUGUUCACAAAGUGAUGACUGUCUUCGGAAUGUUGUAUCCAGCUUUUUUAGCCUAGCUACCGACCUCUGACCUGAAAAACCUGAAAGACCAGGAGUGCACCAGACUUUUUUUUUGCUGUUUUUAUCGUCACAAAUGGAUUUAUACAGAAGAAAAGACAUUAGUGUUAUUUUUUUUUCUUCCAAAUAAAAUGUUUAGUAAGCACUAA